AGGCCUGACAGUGAAUUUCCAGCAAAAGGAGUUGGUCAAAACUGGGCAAAGCAUUUUGUUGAGAAGCACUCAGAUAAAAUAAAAGCAUUUUGGUCUCACCUUCUAGACCACUCACAUGCACAUGCUAUGAACCUUUAUACAAAAGAGGAAUUUUUUGAGCUUAUAGAAGCUGUGAUUGAAGGAGAUGAAGGAGAGGAUAUCAUACCUUGUGAGUUAAUCUAUGAGACAGAUGAGACAGGGAUCCAGCAGAGGAUUGGUGUGGAAGAAAGAGUC